GCUUUGCAAGGCGGCCUUUUCUCCCCUCCUCCCAGUCCUCAGGAUGCUUUCCCGUCCCUAUGGCAACAGCGCUGGCGUUAUCCGUUUCCCUGGAGUCCUUCCGCGCGUCACUAUCCCGCCUUCCCAUUGGCCGCAGCGGAUGACCUUGAGGAAGAAGGACCGCUUGGAUUGGCUGGGGUAUAUUUCGGUUGGCUCGCUCGAUAGGAACGUGAGGCUGUGGUGGUGUUUGUAUUUUUUUUUUUUGACUUGAGAUAGGAGUCAUAAUAAACAGUCUUGCGGUGGUGGCGCCACGUGCCUUUGAAAUAACACCUCAUCUCCCAUCUCACUAGUAAAUGUGAACUGGUGGGCCAGACUAAAAGAGUGCUUUUAAUUCCAGACACAAUGUGUUCAUCUUGAUGCCUUGAUGUUAUACAAUGCCUGAUCAACUCAAGAAGGUGAAGACCUCAGAAAAGACAACAGAUACUAUACCUCAAGGGGAUUACUCUGAUCUUAAGAGGCUUCUUGCACUUCUAAAUGUACAAUCAAGCAAACAACAGCUGCCAGCUCUUAAUUUUGAAUGUUCUAAUAAUAGUAUGGUGAAGUCUGAGCAAUACUGCAGCAACACUUCUGGAGAGAGAUGUAGAGGUCAAUGGCAAGAAUCAACUGAAGCUGUUGAACUUGAACGCUUUAGUAUGAAUUACAAGAAUGAAAGAAAUUUUAGCCAGCAUCCACAGCAUGAGUUGUUUCAAGAUAUCUUCACAGCUUUGGUUAAGAACCGUCUUAUUUGCAGGGAGUGGGCUAACCGAGCUUCAUCUACCCAUUUCCUGAGAAUUUUAAUUUGUGUGAGAUUGUUAAUGAGAGAUGCAUGCUAUCAGGAAGCUCUCCACAACCUGGGUGGGAUUGAAAGCUUGGCUCAGUAUAUGGAUGCAGUAGCAAAUGACUAUCUUGGCUACGGAGAGCAACAACAUAAUAUAGACAAAUUGGUCAAUCUGACAUAUAUUUUCCAAAAACUGUCAGCUGUUAAAGAUCAAAGAGAAUGGGUUAUAAACAGUGGAGCACAUAAGACUUUAAUCAAUCUACUUGGAGCUAGAGAAAAUAAUGUCAUUUUAGGUGCAUUGCUUGCUCUUACUAGUUUAGCUGAAAGUCCUGAAUGCCGGGAAAAAAUUAGUGAGCUCAACGUUAUGGAGAAUUUGUUGGUGAUACUGCAUGAAUAUGACUUGCUCUCAAAAAGACUGACAGCAGAGUUGCUCCGACUGCUCUGUGUAGAAUCCCAAAUUAAAGAGCAAGUAAAAAUCUAUGAAGGUGUCCCCAUCCUCCUCAGUUUGCUCCAUUCAGAUCACAUAAAGCUAUUGUGGAGUAUAGUUUGGAUACUAGUCCAAAUUUGUGAAGAUCCUGAUACCAGUGUUGAAAUCCGUAUCUGGGGUGGUAUUAAACAACUCCUACAUAUUUUACAAGGAGAGAGAAAUCUAUUUUCAGAUCGAUCUUCCAUUGGAAGUUUAUCUAGCGCAAAUGCAGCAGGGAGAAUCCAAGAGUUUCACUUCUCAGAAGAUUUAAGCCCUCAUGAGAUACAAGAAAAUAUGUUUUCGCUUCAAGCGGCUUGUUGUGCUGCGAUUACUGAACUGGUUCUUAAUGACACCAAUGCCCACCAAGUAAUUCAGGAGAAUGGAGUCUAUACAAUAGCAAAGCUGAUUUUACCUAACAAACAAAGGAAUGUAGAAAAAGCUAAUUUAUUGCAGUGUUAUGCCUUCAGAGCCUUGAGAUUUCUUUUCAGUAUGGAAAGGAAUAGGCAUCUCUUCAAAAGACUCUUCCCUACAGACCUGUUUGAGAGUUUCAUUGAUGUUGGACAUUAUGUUCGUGAAAUCAGUGCUUAUGAAGAUCUGGUCUUUAAGCUAAAUGCAUUACUGGAGGAUGAUGUCAAGCAAAUUGCUGAAAAUAUUGAAAACAUUAAUCAGAACAAAGCACCUACAAAAUACAUAGGCAUCUAUGCAAUUUUGGACCAUCUUGGCAGUGGCGGUUUUGGAAGUGUUUACAAGGUUAGAAAACAUGGUAGCCAAAACCUUCUAGCAAUGAAAGAAAUCAGUUUACACAAUCCAGCAUUUGGUAAGGAUAAAAAAGACAGAGACAGCAGUGUAAAGAACAUUGUCUCCGAAUUAACCAUAAUUAAAGAACAGCUUUAUCAUCCUAAUGUGGUACGAUAUUACAGAACAUUCUUAGAAAAUGACAAGCUGUACAUAGUCAUGGAGCUCAUUGAAGGGGCACCACUGGGAGAACAUUUUCACUCUUUGAAAGAGAAGCAACAACACUUUACAGAAGAAAGGAUAUGGAAUAUAUUCAUUCAGCUCUGCUUAGCUCUCCGAUAUUUGCACAAAGAGAAGAGGAUUGUCCAUCGAGACCUAACUCCAAACAACAUCAUGCUGGGAGAUAAGGAUAAAGUAACAAUCACUGACUUUGGUCUUGCAAAGCAAAAACAGGAAAACAGCAAACUCACCUCAGUUGUUGGAACUAUUCUGUACUCUUGCCCUGAAGUUGUGAAGAGUGAACCAUAUGGAGAGAAGGCUGAUGUCUGGGCUGUUGGAUGUGUCCUCUAUCAGAUGGCAACCCUCAACCCCCCAUUUUACAGCACCAACAUGCUCUCCUUAGCCACAAAAAUAGUAGAAGCUGCAUAUGAGCCAGUUCCAGAUGGUAUUUUUUCUGAAAAGGUAUCAGCUAUAAUUAAACAGUGUUUAACUCCUGAUGCAGAGAAUCGUCCUGACAUAGUUGAGGUCAGUUCAAUGAUAUCUGAUGUUAUGAUGAAAUAUCUAGAUGGUUUAUCAACUACCCAGCUUGUCUUGGAGAGGAAACUGGAGCGGGAGAGAAGGCGUACUCAGAGAUAUUUCAUGGAGGCCAAUAGGAAUGCAGUGACAUGUCACCAUCACCUUGCUGUGUUAUCUCAGGAACAUUAUGAAAAGUCAAGCCUCAGCAGCAGUAGCAGUGGAGCAGCCAGUUUAAAAAGUGAUUUUUUUGAAAAUGCUGACCUGCCAGAAAACUUCCAUCAAUCUUCUGGAAAAGAUGUUGACAAAACUUGUGACGAAGCCUUGUCAGAUGAUAACUGCACUGCAGAAAACUCAGAAAGAGAUGUCUUCUCAGAAUUAGAUGAUGAACUAGAUGUAUCAGAUAAUUCCAGUAGUGCAAGUUCAAGUCCUCUCAAAGAUUCAGCAUUUGGUAUGAUAAAACGAAGCUUCAGUGCUUUGGAAAGACAGCCUCAAGCAAGAGAUUAUUUUGGUAUCCCAGGAUCCAGACCCAGACCAGCUUUGCUGCCUUUUGAUCUGCUUCUGAAAGCACCUUCACUCAUGUUCAGGGCCAACGUUAAGAACAUAGAGGACUCCUUAGUAACAGGAUGGAAAUCACAUAGCCUUCCAGCCGUGAUUCUUCGCAAUUUAAAAGAUCAUGCAUCUGCAGGGAUUGCUGUGUCACAACGGAAGGUGCGUCAGAUCAGUGAUCCUAUCCAACAGAUUCUAAUUCAGCUGCACAAAAUCAUCUACAUAACACAGCUUCCACCAACCUUACACUGCAAUUUGAAAAGAAGAGUCAUUGAGAGAUUCAAGAAAUCAUUGUUUAGUCAGCAGAGCAAUCCAUGUAACUUGAAAGCAGAAAUCAAAAAGCUUCUCCAAGGUUCUCCAGAGCUGAUUGAGCCUCACGUUUUGACAUCAGAUUAUCACCUGUUGUUCAAUUCUUCAGCGGGAAGUACCUUGGUCCUGGAUGAUAGACCAGGUCUUCCCAGAACUUUUGACAUGAAUGAAGGAAUGACAUACGAACAAAUGCAGUCUGUGAUUGAAGAGGUUCUGGAGGAAUGUGGUUAUUACCGUUUCACUUCAAAUAGGUAUCAAUAUUAUCCAUGGGGAGUAAGGAAUCAUCCAGCCAGAAGAUGAGCACCUGGAUUUCUGUCUAGAUUGGCAUGUUUUGUAAUGAGGUCUAAGUGCCUUGACUUCAGCUCUUAUUGUCUUAUUGCCAAAGGGAAGCACUUUCCUUAAAUCACAAGAAGAGAAAAAUCAUUAUGUUCGAAGGAGCUUACAAAGAGUCAUCCAAGCAGUAGAAUGGAAGUAUACCACUCUGACAGUAGGUGAUGGCCGCACAUUUUUCACUAGCAAUAUACUUUUUUGUAUGUGUACUAUGGACAGUCUUCUGUAGAUCUGCAUCAAGAGGAAAACAUAAUGCUUCCAGUGAAUUCUUUAUAUUAUUUGGAAAGCACUGAUGGUUACUCAGGAUUGUUGGAAACAUUUUCAUUUUUUAGAUUUGCUACUAUAUCAGAGAUUUAUAUUCAUAUGAAGAGUAUAUUUUAUAAUUAAAACAUAUCAGACUGCGGGUGAUGAAUGAAUAUUUAACAUCUUUGCUAGGUCAGAACAGGAAAUUAUCUCAAAUCUAUUUAGAAUUCAGAUUAAUUCACAGUAGUCACCCUAAAUAUAUGUAGCCUUUGGGGUAUUGGGGAUUUCUGCUGUAGACAGUAUUAACGUGUCUGUAACUUCUGUUAAUUGUUUACUAUCAAAACUAUAGCUUUAAGGGAAUUCAGAUUCUAUAAACAGUGAAAUGGUAUUGUACAUAAUAAACUUCAAAAGGAUAUAUUUGUAUGCAAUGUUAUAUAUAGCUAUAUAUAGAUACAUACAGGCAUAUACAAAUAAAUAUAUUUAAGUGUAUUUUUAUUGAUAGAUUAGCACACAAUGCACUUUGGAAAAACUAUAUGUUUAUGAAAAAUGCAUGUAAAAUGUGUAUGUGCAAUUGAUUUUUACCAAAAUGUUUUUCUCUGAAAUUUCAGCUACAGUGACUAGAUAUAUUGUCUAGAAUAAAUUUUAA